AAACCGCACACACGUGUUUUUCGACUCUUAUAGUGUUUUAUUUAUUUAAAUUAUAAAUAGUGUAUUUUAAAACAUGUUUUAAGUGUUAUCAUACCUUGCUAGCAGUGUUCCAUUCAUCAAAUCCAUAACUUGCAGCAUAAUAAUCCAAAUAACUUCAUCACAUCACUAUAAGCACGAUCACUACAAGAGUUACCUAAUGGAGGCCAUUCAGCAGUCAGUACAGGCUUUGACAGAGCACUUUAACACACAGAUGGCUGAGUUUCAAAAAAAUUUGCAAGGUGCCAUUCCAGCUGCGAGCCCCACCUCAAAUAUUGCAGCUCAAUUCAAUGCUUUCCGGACAUUCGUGUUGUCAGCUCUCGCAGGUCUACAGCAACAAGUGGAAGUCCUAUCCAAGCAAACAGAUCAACUUGAGAUGCGGAGCAGGAAAAAGAUGCUAUUAGUACAUGGCAUCCCCGAAAGCGAUGACAGCAAUCUGGCGGCCACGGUAAGCACAUCUCUGUCUAAUCAUCUCAAGCUGUCGGCCUUCCAGGAAGAGUGCCUCAGUCGUUGCCAACGGAUCGGUCAGACUAAAAGUGACAAGCCCCGGGCCAUACUCCUUAAAUUCCAUGACUUGUCAAUGAGGAACCAGGUGUGGUUUGCAAAGACUUCACUCAAGAAUACUGGCAUAACAUUGUCGGAAUUUCUGACAAAAGACAGACACGACGCUUUCAUGGCAGCGAGGCAGAAGUUUGGGAUUUCGAAAUGCUGGACGAGAGAUGGUCUUAUUAUUAUUGCUGGUCAGGCCAACAAGCGUUACCGCGUCACAACCAUUAAGGAAGUAAAUUCCAUAAGCCAGGCACGCGAUAUUAAAGAAGCCACGCCUUCAGCGGCCGCUCCUACUGCCAAGACGACUCCCAAUGUGAAUAAACCUUCCUCUGAUGCAUUUUCGAAGCCCAAAAGGAACGUCAGGAAGUAAGCAAAUAGCAACUAAUCAGGGACACUUUAUUCAUUCGGACGCUGCUUUCUUGUGCGUUCUUGUAUUGCAUCACUUCUCGCUGACAUACCUACCUACACAGUUCGAUAUACAGUUAAGUACCUUGGUACCUACACUUUAAUGUUUAAUCCAUUCACUCACUGUUACAAUACUUGUUUACAAACAAAGAGUAUAUAAACACUUAACACUAGCACUACGUUACAAAGUUGCUAUAAUAUGCGUGCGGUAGGUAGGUAGGUAGCGUGUGACAAACUUGUGUCAAAGUCAAAAUAGUGCUAAAUGACAUUGACAGAAGACGACAGUGACAUGCAUGCUUCAUGAUGUGAACUCGACGGACUUUUCGAGGUGUCGUAUUGUCUAUGUGAGCCUUGGAUCUUAUUUAAUAGGCAUGGAUAAGGUAGCACUGGAGCUGACAAGUCGAUGUUUGUCGAGUCUAGUGGUUUUGAUUCGUUCAUGUUUGUAUCGUUUGUAUUGAUCAUAGACCUACGAUUUUUCGCUAUGGUAUUGAUAGUGUUCAAGA